AGUUUUCAUGGUAUAAUAUCAUGCUGUUUAUUCCAUUUAAUCAAUACAACUCGUUCUGCUAAAUUGACUUUUGACUUGCAUGUAUAAGAAAUAACCUCACAGGUGUUACCCAAUUAAGGAAUUGUUUCCAAUUUAAAACAACAAAAUAGUGGAUUAUAACAUGGAAUUGUUUUAGUUUUAAUAAUUAAGCAGACAGGUUAAAAAAAGAUACCAAGAUGUGGCAGCCCAAUAUGAACAGCGAGGCUGUCAAAAGGUGUAUGGAUAUUCCCAAUCUACCAAUGUCCAGUCAGGUAGCCAGACCAGUACCUCCACAAAAACCUUUACAACCAAAACCACCAUAUGCCUAUGAUGGCCAUCACAAUGCUGCAAAACCAGCCAGACCAUAUUCAGCACCACAGAGAAGAAUUACUGCUCCAGGAUAUUCAGAAGCAUGGAGAUCUUCAAAUCAUGCAGAAAAUCGUGCACCACCUCGCUCCAGAAGCUACUAUGUCAAUAAUGAAUAUCCUAAAUCUCAUCCAUAUGCUUCUCGCCAGAGAGAAGGUUUUGUACGGAAGACACUCGGAUAUCCAGAAGUUCAAAGAGGUCCAAGCACCCCUUUGCCGCCAUAUGAUCCCCUUGGUGACCCUCAUCUCACAGAAUAUUUUGAGCGCAGAUUUGGUGCUAUUCAAUCAGUCGCACGGAGAAGAGGAGGUCGUCCCUCAAGUGCACCUAGCUCUAGACAUACAUACACUACUACAGGGAAGAAAAUUAAGGCUGAUGGUGGAGAAGGUCCCAUACUGUAUAAGGUGUUUGUGACAACAGCGGAUAAAAAAGGAGCCAGUACUGAUGCCAAGGUUUUCUUGUCACUGAAAGGAACUAAAGGGAAGAUAACUCGUACAAGACUGUCAAAGAAGGCGGGGUCUGUAAAGUCUAGUAAAAAAGUAGCAUUUAAGUUCUCAAAGGGUACCACACACAUGUUCAAGAUACGAGGACCGGAAUUAGGCGAAAUUAAAUCUCUAGUCAUGGAGCAUGAUGGUAUAAAGAAAGAAGAUGGCUGGUUCCUACAGGAAGUGGAAAUUGUCAACACCAAGAGAAAAAAGUCCUGGCUAUUCAUGUGUAACUCCUGGUUAUCAUUGUACCAUAGUGACGGUCAUUCAAAGAGAGAAUUUUUUCCACAUUUAGGCUCAAAAACAGAUUAUGAAAUAGUGGUUGUUACUGGUGACAUACUCAAUGCAGGCACAGACUCUAACGUGUUUAUAACCAUAUUUGGUAAAACGGGAGCUACGGCUAAAACUCAUUUAAAAAGUGUCAAAAGUAAACAGCCCUUUCAACAAGGAACCAGCAACCUGUUUAAAAUUCAUUCAAAUUGUGUUGGACCUCUUACAAAAAUCAAAAUAGAACAUGAUAAUGUAGGUUUUGCACCCGGCUGGUAUUUGGAAAGGAUUGUUGUGACAGAUUUAUUACACCCAAAAUGGAAGUAUUAUUUCCCGUGUAAUCAGUGGCUAGCGAAGGACGAAGGAGAUGGUGCAAUAUGCCGCACUCUGUUGGGUAGUAGAGAUCCAUUUGCUGUCAGGAAAGACACAAAGUACAAAGUGACUGUAUACACUGGAAACAAGAAAGGUGCAGGGACUGACGCCAAUGUUUAUAUCAUACUGUUUGGAGAAAAUGGUGACUCUGGUGAGAAAAGGCUCGAUGAUUCAAGAAACAAUUUCGAGAGAGGACAGAAGGAUGAGUUUACAUUUGAAUGUCCAUGCCUGGGUAGAUUGGAGAGAAUUCGUAUAGGUCAUGACAAUGCGGGAUUUGGACCUGGCUGGUUCCUUGAAAAGGUAAUUGUAGAUGACCUUGACAAUUCUAUCACAUAUGAUUUUCCUUGUAACCGAUGGCUGGCUCUUGAUGAAGAUGACGGGCUGAUAUUCCGAGAUUUGGUCGCUGGAGUCGGGGCCUCGGACGCUUUUACUGGUACAAUGACAAAAAAGAAAGGUUUCCCAUACGUUAUAAGUGUAGUUACUGGAGACCGACAGAAUGCAGGAACUGAUGCCAAUGUUUUUGUUGUCCUUCAUAAUGGCAAAAAGAAAUUGGACAGCGGGAAAGUUUGGUUGUCCGAUGGCAAGUUUAAACGCGGGAUGACCCAGUUAUUCCAUAUUAAUCUACAAGUGAUGCUAAGCCCGUUAACAAGUUUAGAAAUCGGACAUGAUGACAGUGGGGCGGCACCAGGAUGGUUUUGCGACCAAGUUAUAGUAUAUUGCCCCAAUACGGGUAUUGAACAAUACUUUUCUUGCAAUAAAUGGUUCUCUACAUCUGAAGGUGAUGGUCUCAUUCAAAGGACUCUGUAUGAAAACACAGGCAUGAGAAAAAAGAAAGAUAAAAAAAACACAUGGAAUGUCUUUGUUAGAACUAGUGAUGUAAAGAAUGCAGGAACUGACGCAAAUGUUGGUAUUUGUCUCUACGGCAAGAAAGGUAAAUCGGAGGAAAUCAUCCUUGACAACAAGGGAGAUAAUUUUGAGCAAGGUCAAAUGGAUCAUUUUAAAGUGAAUAUAGAGGAAGUUGGAACACCAUAUAAACUGAGAGUGUACCAUGACAACAGUGGGCGAGCUGCCGGCUGGCAUUUAGAAAAGAUUGAAAUGGAAAAUUUGGGUACCGGUGACAAGUACUCAUUUCCUUGUAACCGUUGGCUGGCUGAUGAUGAAGAUGAUCGAAGCAUCGUCCGUGAAAUUCCGGCCAAAGGUCCCGGCAUCAAAAAUCCUCUGCCAUUGGAUAAGUACAUUGUGCAGGUGUAUACCGGCUCUAGGAGCAUGGCUGGGACAGACGCCAAUGUAUACAUCAAUGUUUUCGGGGAGAGGGGAGACACCGGGGUCAGGGCGCUCAGGAAAUCUCAAAAUAUGAACAAGUUUGAAAAAGGAAAGAUGGAUGAGUUUGAAAUUGAGGCCGUAUCGGUUCUGAAGCUGACCAAGAUUAGAAUAGGUCAUGAUGGGAAGGGGAUAGGAGCUGGUUGGUUCCUCGACAAGGUCGUUGUCAAACAGGUCGGGGAGAAGAAAUAUGACCAAGAAUUUGUGUGCCAAAGAUGGCUUGCUGAAGAUCAAGAUGACGGGUUGAUAGAAAGGGAGAUUACUGCAUCAGGUGCUCAGAUGCUUUCAACUACCUCAUAUCAUAUUCACGUUAAAACGGGAGAUGUUUCCGGUGCCGGUACCGAUGCCAAUGUCUAUCUGAUAAUCUAUGGAGCGAAGGGCGACACAGGUCAGCUGAUGUUGAGACAGUCAGCAAGCUUCAAAAACAAGUUUGAGCGAGGAAAAACUGACGUGUUCAAAAUAGAGGCGACAGAUAUCGGACAGAUAAAACGUAUAAAGGUCGGACAUGAUGGUACCAAUCUAGGUGAUGGCUGGUUCCUGGAUAUGGUGAAGAUACUGGUUCCCUCUCGUGGCGAACAGUAUGUAUUUGCUUGUCACAGAUGGCUUGCCAAGGACGAAGCAGACGGAUUGCUGGAAGUUGAAAUGGACGCUUCAUAUAAAGAGGAUAUGGAAAAAACUAUUCCAUAUGAAGUUACCCUAUGGACAGGUAAUAAAUCUGGAGCAGGAACCGAUGCUAAUGUUUUCGUACAGAUAUAUGGUACCGAGGGCAAAACUGAAUCGUAUAAUCUGCGAAAUAAAACUGAUAACUUUGAAAAAGGAAUGUGUGAUAAAUUUAAGAUUGAGGCUGCUGAUGUAGGUAGGAUUCAGAAGGUGCGAAUUGGUCAUGAUGGUACGGGAACAUUUUCAGGCUGGUACAUGGAUAAAAUGCUCAUUCAAAGAAAGCCACGUAAGGGCACAAAGAAGAAACGCAGACGUUCAAUCUCAUCUGCCCGUGACAGGGACCGAGAUAGGCGUUCACCUCUUAUGUCACGCAUGGGUGACUUCUCAGAUUCUGACGAUUCUGACAUCAGCAGUGUAUCUCAGUCGAGACGUCGUAGGACGAAAUCCCCAAAACUUCCGAAGAAGAAUCUGAAGACGGUGGAGGAGGAGUCUGAUGAAUAUGACGGUACGGAGACAGAAGAUUAUUGGUUUCUUGUUGAUCGAUGGUUCGCUCGCAGCGAAGAUGAUAAACAGAUUGUUCGAGAGCUUAUACCAACUGAUGAAAAGGGGCGUCCAAUCAAGGGUGGUCUCGAAGAGGUAAAUUACACUGUGCGUGUUUUUACUGGAGAUGAAUUUGGAGCUGGAACAGAUGCCAACGUAUUUAUUAACCUUUAUGGCGAUGUAGGAGACACUGGUGAAAGGCAGCUCAAGGACUCUUCAACAAAUACCAAUAAGUUUGAGCGCAAACAGGAUUCUAAUUCUAAUAUGUUUGAAAGAAAUCAGGAGGACGUCUUCAUUGUGAAAGCUAUUGAACUUGGUAAGCUUGUGAAGUUGAAGAUUCGACAUGAUAACGCCGGUGGUGGCGCUGCGUGGUUCCUGGAUAGAGUGGAAGUGGACGAUCCAAAAACUAAAAAGACAUAUUUCUUCCCGUGUCAGCGUUGGUUAUCGACGAAGGCAGACGAUGGUCAGAUAAGCCGGGAACUUGUCCCAGUUGAUGCCAGUCUGAAGAGCAAACUGUCGAGACAGGACUCCAAGGCCAUACGUAAUGAGAUUGCCUUGGAAACUAAAGCUGCAAUGCAGACAUACCAUGUAAAGGUGACUACAGGAACAGUGUGGGGUGCAGGAACUGAUGCCAAUGUUCAUAUUGUUCUAUAUGGAGAAAAUGAUGAUACAGGUGUUGUUUUACUGAAAUCUUCCCGUACACAUACUAACAAGUUUGAGAAUGGUAACACAGAUGAAUUCCUGGUAGAAGCUGUAAAUAUCGGAGAUCUGAAGAAAAUUAAAAUUGGACAUGACAACAAAGGUGGGGGCGGAGCUUGGUUCCUGGACAAUGUGGCCAUAGAAUGCCCGUCACUGGGUAGAAACUGGAAAUUCCCAGCCAACCGAUGGCUUGCCAAGAACAAGGGAGAUAAUCAACUGGAGGUGGAGUUAUACCCACAAGAUUUAGCCACAGAAGAGUAUAUCAAAUGUAUACCAUAUGAGAUUGUUACGCACACGUCUGAUAUCACCUCAGCGGGGACGUCAGCGAACGUUUAUAUACAACUAUAUGGUAAAGAGAUCUGUACUCAGCAAAAAGACCUCUGUAUCAGUAAACUGGAUAGGAAAGAUAAAUUCAAGAGAGGCUCAGUUGACACCCAUGUUUUAGAGUUAGAGGAUGUAGGUGAUACCAUUGAGAAGAUUCGUAUUGGUCAUGAUAAUUCUGGUUUGACCGCUGGAUGGCAUUUAGACAAGGUCACAAUAAGGCGACUGCACGAGUCAGGAAAGGAUGACUUUUAUUACGACGAUGAUCCAGGGGGAUCUAUCACAUAUGUUUUCCCGUGCAAGAGAUGGCUAGCACGUAACGAGGAUGACAGUGCUAUAGAGCGGGAACUAGUGGCCGACAAAGCCAUACAGGAAGUGAUCAAGAACGGAGAAGUGCAGAGUAAAGAGCUCAAGUUACGUGACAAAUUAGAAAAGAAGAUAUAUACAGUGAAUGUGAAGACUGGAGACAAGUCAGGUUGCGGAACUAACGCUAAUGUUUUCCUUACAAUCGUUGGUGAUAAAGGCGAUACCGGAGAGAGAAAACUUGCCAAAUCAGAAACUAACUUUGACAAGUUUGAGAAAAAUCAGACUGAUGUAUUCAAGUUGGAAGCAGCAGAUCUUGGUAAAAUAUACAAGAUACGUAUUCGCCAUGACAACUCGGGAUUUAGCCCAGCCUGGUAUCUCGACUAUAUCGAGGUUAUUGACAACGCAGAUAAUGAUACAUACAAAUUCCACUGUGAGAGAUGGCUAGCCAAAAACAAAGAUGAUAUGAAGAUUGAGAGAUCUUUCUAUGUUAAGGGCUUUGAUGGUGAGAUGUCAAGCACAGGGACAUUAAGAUCUACAAAAUAUGGCUCUGUUGCCAGUCUUGAUUCACUACGCAGCACAGAUCCCUUCUCUAAAAGUCCCAAGUUGUCACGGAAACAACUCUCCAUGGAAGAUAUACCAGAGGGACCAACUAUACCGUACACUGUAAGGGUAGCAACUGGUGAAGGAGAAGAUAACGGAACCUCCAGUAAUGUUUGGAUCACAAUCCUUGGUCCUAGGAAGAAAACUACUGGCCGACUUUAUCUCGAACUAGCUCAGAAAAAUAAAUUUGCUCCAGGGUCAACUGAAAUUUUCUCCAUCGAGGCAGUUGAUAUUGAUGAAGUGAAGAAAAUUGAGGUUGGACAUGACGGUACAGCACCAGGUUCGGGUUGGUUUGUUAAGCAGAUUGAAGUUGAUAUGCCGACUAAAGGGAAACAUUACACAUUUGCGUGUAAACAAUGGCUGGCUCGAGACAAAGGUGAUGGCAAGACCAGUCGAACAUUCAGCGUUGAUGAUGGCAUAAGCUCCAUGUCAUCUUACAAACCAAUGAUACCUUAUGAGGUCACUGUGUAUACGGGAGAUGUAGACGAAGCUGGUACCGACCAGAAGAUCACGAUGACCGUGUUUGGUGAGAAAGGUACGACAACACCGCAAGUACUGGAGAAAUCUGGUGACAGGUUCGAGAGAGACAGGGCGGACUUCAUCAAGCUGGAACUAGAAGAUGUGGCACCUGUGAAAAAGAUGAGAAUUGAGUGUGAUGGUAAAGGUAGCAGGCCAGACUGGUACCUUGAAAAGGUUGAGUUACGCAAUAUGUCUACUGGAGUCUUGUCAGUGUUUGACUGUAAGGGUUGGCUCAGUAAGUCAAAGGGCGUGUUGUCAAGGGAUAUUCCAGCUAAAGAGGGCAGAAAGGUCAUGGUCGAAAAGACUAACUAUAAGAUAAGUGUGAAGACGUCCAAUGUAAAGGGUGCAGGAACCGAUGCCAAUGUUUUCGUCACAUUAUUCGGUGAUAACGGUGAUUCCGGUCCACUUCACCUGAAGAAAUCGGAAACAAACAAAAGUCCAUUUGAGAAUGACCAGAAUGAUGUGUUUGUAUUUAAUGAUAUUCUAAGUCUCGGAGAACUCGCAAAGUGCCGAGUGUGGCACGAUAACAAAGGUCUCCUAAACCAAGGAUUCGGAGCAGCCUGGCACCUGGCCUAUAUUGAGGUAGAAGACAUAGGAACCAGAAAAUCUUACACAUUCCAUUGUAACAAAUGGUUAUCAAAGUCUGACGAUGAUAAACAGAUACUGAGAGAGUUGACUUGUAGCACGGCUGCCAAGGGUGGUAGUACGCCAGACAUGAAAGAUAAAUCUUGUUAUGAGAUUGAGGUAAAAACAUCUGAUAAGAAAGAAGGUGGAACCAUACAUAAUGGUUGGAUUAUACUUGAAGGAACGAAAAGAACAUCCAAGAUUUUCAGACUGGAAAAUAGUGCUACUAAUAAAAUAUUACGCAAGGGCAAUGUAGAUCAUUUUUCAUUCCCGUCUGCCCCACUUGGUGAGCUGGAGAGUUGCAUUGUGGGAGCAUUUGAACGUGAAGACCGUCCUCUAGGUGAUGCGGAGGGUCGGGAGGCAGAAUGGCAUUGUUUCGAGAUCAGUGUUACGGAUGCUGCCAAAGGCAAAAAGUAUAUAUUCCCAUGUAAAUCCUGGAUACCAAUUAAGGAGAGGAUUAACAAGAGAUACGGAAAAGUGCUUGAGGUGAAGAAAGUUGAGGAAAGUCAAACCUCUAUAGUGAGAACUCUCGCACCCAUCAAGUAUGAGUUAAUAGUGUACACUGGUGAUAAGUUUGGUGCCGGAACAAACGCCAACGUACAUGUCACACUGUAUGGAGAACACGGGGAUACAGGAAAACGAGCUCUCACUCAAUCAAUGAGAGAUCUGUUUGAGCGCAAACAAGUGGACAAAUUCACGAUCGAGGCUGUUGAUCUAGGGAAAUUGACAAAAUUACAUGUGGAGCAUGACAACAGUGGAUGGAGACCGAAGUGGUAUCUUGACCGUAUAGAAGUGCUGAACCUUGUUAACAAUGAUCUCACUGUGUUCCCUUGCGGACAGUGGCUUGACAAAGACAGCGGUGACAACCAGAUUGAACGAGAUCUCUACCCCCAAGAUUAAAGUCUACCCCCAAAAGAUACUGCCACAAAGAUUAACAGUUUACCAAAAAGAUAAAUAUCUACCCAAAACCUUGUUGUUUUAAUCGUAAGAUUUGUACACAUUAUAUGCUUCUUAUUUAUUAUCAAAGCAUACAUGAGGAAAAUCCAUAGGCUAACCUACAAAUGUAUCACCAUAAUCAAGAUUAUUGUUUAUUUUAUAUAUUAAAAAAUUGUAUUGUCACAUAGAUUUAUUAUCAUUUUAUCAUUAUAUGUUCAUGUAUACUGUUAAAGGGAGAGAAUGAAAGGGGAGGUAAUUAUUCACUAUGGCUU